AUGCCACCUAAAGGUUCUUUGUUUCACAAAAGAAAAUACGGUUCCUUUAAUGAUCAUCAGAACCAAAAGAAUAGGAAUCGUAAGAUACGAAGGACUGAAAAAAAAUUAAAUAUUGUUGACCCAUUAAGUAUUGUAGCAAGUAGUCCUGACAUAUUACCGGAUGUAGCAAACUGUAAAUUUUGUGAUGCACAACGCAUUUAUGGAGAACCUCCAGGAUUUUGUUGUUCAUCCGGAAAGGUAAAACUGGAGGAAAUAGAAAUGCCAUUAGAAUUAGUGGAACUCUAUACUGGUAAUUCCGAAGAUGCUAAACAUUUUCGCGAUUGUGUUCGUAGUUACAACAAUAUGUUUGCGUUCACAUCAUUAGGUGUUCAUUCUGAUAAAUCUUUGGCCAGGAGAAAUAGAGGUAUUUAUACAUUUCGUGUUCAGGAUCAACUUUAUCAUUUUAUGGAUUCAUUAAUACCAUCGACUGGUGAAAAACCAAAAAAUUUGCAAUUGUAUUUUUACGAUACAGAACAUGAGGUAUCAAAUCGUAUAUCUAUAAGUUCUGACAAAUUUAGAGAAAAUGUUGUGAAAAAGUUGAUGCAUAUUUUAAGAGUCAACCCUUAUGCUAUUUUUUUCAGAAAUCUUAACAAUGUCGAAAAUUUGCCUGAAUGGAAAAUUGCUCUGCAUGCAAACCCCACAUUUAACAAUAAUAUUUUCAAUAAACCUUAUGUAUCUCAAGUUGCUGGAAUAUGGUUAGAGUCGAACGAAAAUGAGCAAAUCAUAGGACAACACAUUCAGGUUUAUCCAAAGAAUAAAAAAAGGGAUGACAAACCACAAGUUAUUCAACAAUAUUUUGGAUGUUAUGAUCCAUUACAAUACCCUCUUAUAUUUCCUGAUGGUCACCCUGGUUGGCACCGAUCUAUUAAAAAAAUUAACAUGGUGGGAGAAGAUAUGGUUACUUCAAGAAGUUGUGCUGGUGAAUCUAUACGGCACAUCGAAAACUACACAGAUGUGGAAGAUUUCAUAGACGAUGAAAUGAAAGGUGCACGAAAAAAGAAGAGGGACACAGUAUCAUGUCGUGAAUAUUAUUGCUACAAUUUUCAGGUUAGACAACAUGAUUAA